AUGAGCUGCCGGCUGGAGCUGUGCCUGGUUUAUGUCUGUCAGCCCGGGAUGUGCGUGCCCUCUGUCUGAGCACCCACCCCCUACCGGCCAGCCACCUGCCUCUCCAAGGCCCACCUAGCCAGCUCCUGCCAGCCCAGCAGCUGCCGCCUGACCAGCAGAAUCUCCAGCUCCAUGGGUUCCUACAGCCGGUACUUUGAGGGCUCCUUCAAUGGCAACGAGGAGACCGUGCAGUUCCUGAACAACCACCUGGCCAGCUACCUGGAGAGGGUGCGCCAGCUGGAACAAGACAACGCACAGCUGGAGAGUCGCAUUUGAGACACCUCCCAGUCUGAAGCGCCUGCCUUGGAUCCUGACUAGCAGUCUUAUUUCAAGACCAUCGAGGAGCUCCAGCAGAAGGUUCUGUACACCAAGGCAGAGAAUGCCAGGAUGAUCGUGCACGUCGACAAUGCCAAGAUGGCUGCCGAUGUCUUCAGGACCAAGUACGAGAUGGAGCUGGCCACGUGGCAGCUGGUGGAGGCCAACACCAGUAGCCUGUGCAGGGUGCUGGAUGAGCUGACCCUGUGCAAGGCCGACCUGGAGAUGCAGGUGGAGUCCCUGAAGGAGGAGCUGAUGUGUCUCAAGAAAAACCACGAGGAGGAAGUCGAUGCCCUCCGAUGCCAGCUUGGGGACCGCCUUAACGUUGACGUGGACGCCGCAACCCCCAUGGACCUGAACAGGGUUCUGGAAGAGAUGUGGUGUCAGUACGGGGCCCUGGUGGAGAACAAUCACAGGGACAUGGAGGAAUGGUUCACCAGGCAGGUGGAAGCACUUAACCAGCAGAUAGCCACAAGCUCUGAGCAGCUUCAGAGCUACCAGUCAGACAUCAAUGAUCUGAGACGAGUGGUCAACACGCUGGAGAUAGAGCUGCAGGCCCAACACAGCCUGGUGAAUGCGCCUGUGGGCACCUCUCUCCCAGCUCUGGAUCUCGGGCAGCACCGAAUGUAG